AUGAAGAGACAUUUUAGAUUUUGCUUUCUUAGUAAAUCCUCUUCAUCACAAUCAUUAUCUGGUGAAGGUGAAGGUGAUUGUAAUAAUAGUAGAGAAGAUAGUGAUCAUACUUAUGGAUUUACUUUUCAUACCUUUACUACAGCUAUAUUUAAUAUCUCUUCUAUUAUGAGAAUUGUAUUUUCUUAUUAA